GGAGGCACGUGCCCCCAGGCCGCGCUCUAGGGGCUGGACUCAGGGCGGUUUGAAAGAUCGGCGCGCACCGCAGGAGCAACGGUUGGUCUUGCGGCUGUGAUGUCGGUGUUGAGGCCCCUGGACAAGCUGCCCGGCCUGAACACGGCCACCAUCUUGCUGGUGGGCACGGAGGAUGCUCUUCUACAGCAGCUGGCGGACUCGAUGCUCAAAGAGGACUGCGCCUCCGAGCUGAAGGUCCACUUGGCAAAGUCCCUCCCUUUGCCCUCCAGUGUGAAUCGGCCCCGAAUUGACCUGAUCGUGUUUGUGGUUAAUCUUCACAGCAAAUACAGCCUCCAGAACACAGAGGAGUCCCUGCGCCAUGUGGAUGCCAGCUUCUUCUUGGGGAAGGUGUGUUUCCUCGCCACAGGUGCUGGGCGGGAGAGCCACUGCAGCAUUCACCGGCACACCGUGGUGAAGCUGGCCCACACCUAUCAAAGCCCCCUGCUCUACUGUGACCUGGAGAUAAGGUGUUGCUCUGUUGCCCAGGCUGGAUUGCAGUGGUGUACUCAUGGCUCACUGCAGACUUGAGCUCCUGGGCUCAAGUGAACCUCCCGCCUCAGCCUACUGAGUAACUAGGACUACAAGCAUGCACCACCGCACCUAGCUAAGUAUUUAUUUAUUUAUUUACUUUUUUUUUUUUUUUUUGAGAUGGAGUCUUGCUCUGUUGUCCAGGCUGGAAUGCAGUGGCGCGAUCUCGGCUCACUGCAAGCUCUGCCUCCCGAGUUCACGCCAUUCUCCUGCCUCAGCCUCCCAAGUAGCUGGGACUACCGGCACCCGCCACCACGCCCAGCUAAUUUUUUGUAUUUUUUAGUAGAGACGGGGUUUCACCGUGUUAGCCAGGAUGGUCUCAAUCUCCUGACCUCGUGAUCCGCCCGCCUCGGCCUCCCAAAGUGCUGGGAUUACAGGCAUGAGCCACUGCGCCCGGCCACUGUUUAUUUACUUUUUAAUAUAGCGAUGAGGUCUUGCUGUGUUCCCCACACUGGUUUUGAACUCCUGGCCUCAAGCGAUCCUCCCACUUUAGCCUCCCAAAGUGCUGGGAUUACAGGAGUGAGCCACCGAGCCUGGCCUUUAGCCGCUUUUUAUGCAGGAUAAAUCCUGAUGACCUUUUGCUAAAGAGGCCUCAGCAGGAGUUGAUGUGCUCCCCCCGAUGGGUCUCCUGAGGGUUCCCAGGGCCCGCACUGCCACACCCAUGUGCCAGGCCUGCUCCAUUCCUUUGGAAACCUGUUUAUUGGUUUUGAGAUACAUUUUGAAGAGUUGUGUUUCUGCUCUGUUCUGGGUCUUGUGCCUGUUACCGAAAGCAAAGUGAUGAAACGCAGGGAGAACUGAGUCAGCACAUGAUCUGUGACCACCAAUCCAUCACCACUGUCUAGACCAGGGUCCCUUAUCCUGGUGUCAGGGCACUCCUCUGGUCUAAGGGCAGAAUUCAGAGGAUAGCAGUCUGUGGCUGUCGCCAGUAGAAAUGGGGAUGUUUUCAUAUCACAUUAGGAUUGGGCAGGUCUCAUCACUGCCUCAUGUGGCAGCAGCCAUUAGGCCUGCCCCUUGCUCGAUGCAUCGAUCACGAUACACACUUGACUCUAUCACGCAUUUGUUUUCCUAUUUGAUGACCACUUUUUGAGCCCCUGACCAGAUCAGCACUCUGAUCUCACAGAUGGGACCCUGAGGCCUGGGCACACCUGAAGUGCCUGCCCCACCAGGCUUUCCUCCCAGAGAGAACAGGCGACUUGCUCAGGGUCAGACAGCUCGUGAGUGAGGGGUAGAGCCAGCUGUUCUGCUGUCCUAGCCUGCUGACCAUGUGACUUUGAAUAGGUCACUUUGUCUGCCACGAAGCAUCUCUAAAGGGGAGUCACGAUCUUUGCUCCAUAGUUCAGGUGCUGGUGGGGGACAGUGGUGCCUACUCACCCUGUGACAAGUGGUGUAAUUCUGUCUGUGGCCAUGAGGUGGCGGGCCAGGCCAGGUCCUGGGUUCUCUCUUGGCCUGGGCAGGAAGCAGGAGGUCCCAGUCUGGUUCCAGCCGCAGCAGGAGCUGCAGAAAUGCCUGCUCAGGACAUAGGCCUGCAUCCCUCAGAUGGAGCACCCAGGGUUUGAACUGGCCUCCUUCUUCAUGCUGGUGUUGUCCUCUUCAGAACACUCUUCUGCAUAAUUGAGUUUGAGCCCCACCAUAUAUCUUGAGGCCUUUGCGUGGCAGGAAUUACCGGCCCCGUUCCAUUGAUGAGGAAACACAGGAAGGUGUGUGAUUGGCCCAGUGAAAUAAUUGCCUAGGUCUGCUGGUAGGGCUCUGUGCUGGGCCCUGGGAACACAAAUGAGUCAGAUAUUGGCCCUGCCCUCUCAGAAUCUCAUGAAAUAAGCAGACAUGUAACAUACGCAACAGCAGAAGGAUUUGCUGAGCUCUGGGAGCCUGGUGGUAGAAUUAGGUCAUUUCUUCUUGGAUGUCAUGAGCAAAGUCAUGAUUGUGGUCAGACCUGGGCAUUUGGGUCACGUCUCUGGAGUGACGUGGAUUGGAGGAAGCCUGGCCAGAGGCAGGAGGCUGGGUCGAGGCUGCUGCAGGAGGCAGGUUGUGGAACCCAAGCCUCAGCAGCCUAGAGGUAGAUUUCAGGAACAAAGGCCACCAAACUUAGAGGACUUAUUAAAAAAAUACUUCCUGAGUUUCUGUGGUGCCAACCACUGUUCUAGGCUCCAGGGACGCAGCACAGAACAAAAGAGUCAAAAACCCCAGCUUCCUGCUGGGCACGGUAGCUCACACCUGUAAUCCUAGGGAGGCCGAGGUGGGAGGAUCACCUGAGGUCAGGAGUUUGAGACCAGCCUGGCCAACAUGGUGAAACCCAGUCUUUACUAAAAAUACAAAAAGUAGCUGGGCAUGGUGGCACGCACCUGUAAUCCCAGCUACUCAGGGGCCUGAAGCACAAGAAUCGCUUGAACCUGGGAGGCAGAGAUUGCAGUGAGCCAAGAUGGUGCCACUGCACUCCAGCCUGGGUGACAAAGCGAGACUCUGUCUCAAAACAAAACAAAAAAAGCCCCAGCUUUGUUCUAGUCAAGGAAACAAAUGGGGUAAAUGACGUGCUGGAAAGUGGAGGCGUGGCGUGUCAGGUGGUGGUAAACAGGCAAGAGUUAGGCAGGGUAACCAGGGAACGCCCCUGCAAACAGGACUUUUAAAUAAAUAAAGACCUGAAGGAAGUAGGCAGGCGGCCAUGGAGAUACCUCGUGGCAGGAGGAACAGCAAGUGCAUGGGCCGAGUGUGGGACUUGCCUGGUGUGCUCAAGGUCUGGCAGGCAGGCCUGGGUGGCUGCAGCACAAUAGCAAAGGGCGGGUUGGGGUGGAGAAAUCAGGAAUGGUGGGGCUGGAUCAGUGGAGCCUGGUGGGGAGCUGCUGGAGGGCUCGGGGCCAGGGAGGGAUGUGGCCUGACUUGGGUUUUAAAUGGACCCCUCUGGCUGCUGGGAGGAGAGUGGACUGAAGGGAAACUAGGGCAGAAAUAGAGAGACAGGUCUGGAGGCUCUUUCUUUUUUUUUUUUUUUUUUUUUUUUUUUGAGACAGACACUGGGCAGCAUCGUGUUCUUCCAGCGGACGUGUCUAGAACAUCUGUGCCCGGGCCUAGAGCAGUCUUGUCCCUCUCUGGCCCCACAGCUCUCCUGGGCCCAUUCCUUUUUGAUGGCACCUUCUUAUCUGUGGUGAGGGCCACCCGCUGUCCCUCCCUCCUUCCUAUCCCUGUAUCUUCUGCUCCCUGGUCUUGAGCAUCUGGGGCCCGAGCUGCCCGGGCAUUGGUUGGAAGUAGCCCUGAUUCAGAGCUCAGCUCUGGAGUCACUAGCUGGGUGACCCUAGACAGUUUGUUCGACCUAGCCAGCCUUGUUAAGCCUUCAUUUCUUCUUGAGCAGGAGGUCAGGCUCUGGAUGUCUCCGGAGGUUGUUUGAAGGAUUGGGCAAGCUGAGGCAGUUGGAAGCUACUCUGAGGUGUGGCAUGAAUGAGGGCAUGGCUGUGGUGGGCAGUGGUGACCUGAGCUACCCCCAAGUCUCCGCCCCCAGCCCUGCUCUGGCAGCCCCUGCAGCUGCUCUGGGUGAGGGAGCAGGGCCAGCCGCUGCAUUCUAUCUCACUGCUGUUCUCUGCUCUCCCCACAGGUGGAAGGCUUUAGGGCCACCAUGGCGCAGCGCCUGGUGCGCGUGCUGCAGAUCUGUGCUGGCCACGUGCCCGGUGUCUCAGCUCUGAACCUGCUGUCCCUGCUGAGAAGCUCUGAGGGCCCCUCCCUGGAGGACCUGUGAGGGCGGCUGGCCCCUGGGCUGCCCCUUCUCAUGGCUUCGUGCUGACUCCAUAAACAUUCUCUGUUGAGGAUGUCCAGUCAGGGCUUGACAGGCCCAGGCUCAGCCCCCAGUGGUUGGGAAGGUUCCCUGCAGUGCCAGUGCUGCAGCAGGGAGAGCUGGGCAGAAGCAGCGAGGGGGCCCAGCUGGUGAGACUGUAGCCCCCUCCCACUCCCACACUCACUCUUGCAGAGCCUGUGUCUUUAAGCAGCUGGCGUGUUACAUCUCCAUUUAAGGUUUCCUUUGAACAAAAGGUCUGUGGCUAAAAGUUUAAAAAUCA